ACGACAACCACCACCACCACCACCACCAACACCACAACCACAACCACCAUCACGACGGCUCCAUGCAGGCCCUCACCAUCACACGUAAAUACCACCUCUCCACGACUUCCGCCUACGACCAAUCGUCUAGCCACCGCCACGGCGGACGCGACCCUGACCCUACCAGCCGGUCAUCCCACAGCAGGUGCAGGAGCUCGCCUUGCAUACUGGGCCUAAGAAAGGAACGCGCAGGCGCCGACCCGUUGAUUGAGAACAGCGCCCCCGAUCCCAUCGCGCGCGUCGCCCAGGCGGCCGUCGCCUGCGCACGGAGAACCACGUAACGCGGCCAUGGCGAGCAAGGGCGCGUCGAGAUGGGCCGACACAGAGGAGGACGCGGAGCUCGACAACAGGCUUAAGCUCGAGAAGGAAGAGAAGCGACGCAAAAAGGCGGCCAAGGCUCGCCAGCUGGACGAACAGAAGUGUGCCGCCGCCGCCGCUGCCGCCACUACCACCCCCCGAAUCCCCGACGACAGCAGCGACAGACCGUCCAAGAGACGACGGCUCACGCCCGAGCCGGGCGCAUCAGCCAACGGCGGCGGCGGCGACGACGGCGAUAACGACGGCACGCCCGCGACGACGACGAAAGCGCCGCUGCUACGGUUCGAGGCCGGCGGCUGGGGCAGGAGCCGGAGCGUCGACAACUACGAGAAGCUCAACGACAUCGAAGAGGGCACGUACGGGUGGGUGGCGCGGGCGACGGACCGGGCGACGGGCAAGGUGGUGGCGCUCAAGCGCCUCAAGACGGAGCCGCAGGACCGCAACGGCGUGCCCGUCACGGGCCUGCGCGAGAUGCAGAUCCUCAGGGACUGCAGCCAUCGCAACGUGGUCGGCCUCGAGGAGGUGGUUGUGGGCGACGACCUGUCGAAACUGGAUAGCUCCAUCUUCCUCGUCCUCGAGUUCGUCGAGCACGACCUCAAGGGCAUCCUCGAGGACAUGCCCGAGCCCUUCCUCGCGUCCGAGAUCAAGUCGCUCCUCCAGCAGCUCGCCUCGGGCGUCGCCUACCUGCACGACAGCUGGAUCCUGCACCGCGACCUCAAGACGUCCAACCUGCUGCUCAACAACCGCGGGCGCCUCAAGAUUGCCGACUUCGGCAUGGCCCGCUACGUCGGCGACCCGCCCCCCGUCCGCCUCACCCAGCUCGUCGUCACCCUCUGGUACCGCGCCCCCGAGCUGCUCCUCGGCGCCCGCGACUACGGCCCCGCCGUCGACAUGUGGAGCGUCGGCUGCGUCUUCGGCGAGCUCCUCCGCCGCGAGCCCCUCCUCCAGGGCGCCAACGAGGUCAGCCAGGCCCUCAAGAUCUUUGAGCUCUGCGGGCCCCCCUCGGACGACCGCUGGCCCGGCUACCGCAAGCUGCCCAACGCGCGCAGCCUCCGCCUGCCGCCGCCGUCGUCGUCAUCACCGCACGCCCAGUCCUCCCGCCCGGGCUUCCUCCGCGCCCGCUUCCCCACCCUGACGGCCGCCGGCGUCGCCCUCCUCGAGGCGCUGCUCUCCCUCGAUCCGGCCCGCCGCCCCUCCGCCAGGGACGUGCUGCGGCACGAGUACUUCUCCCAGGACCCCAAGCCCAAGCCCGAGGGCCUGUUCCCCACGUUCCCCAGCAAGGCCGGCCAGGAGCGCAGGAGGCGCCCGGAACCGCACGCGCCCGCGAGGGGCCAGGCCGCGGCCGCCCUCGGCGAUGUCGACCUGCGCGGCAUCUUCCAGGGCAGGGACGACGAGGAACGGGGCGCGGGCUUCUCACUGCGCUUGGUGUGAAGAUGCCGGUCGGUGCGCACCAUCCAUGAGCGAAUUGCGUCCCAGACCCGGCGGCAACACAUGGGUUCUUCUUGUUUGACGAGCACGGCCUUGGCGAGCUGGAAGCAGCCCCAAAUAGCACACACCAACUCUCACGCAUAGGGGUGAACAAGGCCACUGCACAUACAUCAUUAAAAACGGCUUUGUACUACGUACUCGUAAAUCUCCCCCAUGUCCACGCCAAUACAAUCAUCGCCAAUUUCAAGUCAGGCAACAGGGGCCAUGUCCAAUAUGUUCCUUUGCGGUGCAACCAAUGAAUGCUAUGGCCAAAAAAAUAAAAUAAAAAUAAGACCCCAGUAAGAUGACCAGCCGUACGCGAUAACAACGCCCCAAG